UCCCACCUCUCCUCUCCAUUGAGUGCCAAGUCAUAUCCAUGUGAUUGACGCCUUGCCGGUGAAGCUCCGCUUCUCCCGCCGCCGCAAUGCAGCUGGGUCGCCUUUGUUUCAUGUUACCGGCCGAUGUCGAUGAAAUUGAACUGUCCGGUUGUCGCCCGAACCAGCUCUCCACAAAGAAAGAUGGCCUCGGGUACCACCGCCGGAUUCUUGCUUUCGUUCGCCAAUUGCUACGCCGGUUCAGUGACUGGGAAUGGUUCCCGUUCCGUCAGUGUUAUGAAAAGCAGUACUCCGGUACUUGCGAUUUUCAGGAUAUGGCUGGGGUUGUACUGUCGGACAAGGUUGGUAGUGACAAUCCGAGAAUUUUCAGCUAUGCCGAGCUCUACAUAGGCUCUAAUGGGUUCAGCGAGGAUCAGGUGCUUGGGAGUGGCGGUUUCGGCCGUGUGUAUAGAGCGGUGCUACCAAGUGAUGGAACUGUGGUUGCAGUGAAGUGCGUGGCAGAGAAAGGGGAGCGGUUUGAGAAGACAUUCGCAGCAGAGCUGGUGGCGGUGGCUCAACUCCGGCACCGGAACCUUGUUCGGCUCAGGGGAUGGUGUGCUCACGAAGACCAGUUACUCCUUGUCUACGAUUACAUGCCAAACCGCAGCCUUGAUCGCAUCCUCUUUCGGCGGCCCGAUGGUUCAGGGUCUGCAGUUCUCAACUUUGAACGCCGUUGGCGAAUCGUCUCUGGCCUGGCAGCUGCACUCUUCUAUCUCCAUGAGCAGCUAGAGACACAGAUCAUCCACCGUGAUGUGAAGACGAGCAACGUGAUGCUUGACUCGCACUAUAAUGCACGGCUGGGUGACUUCGGCUUGGCCCGGUGGCUGGAGCAUGAACUGGAAUAUCCCACCCCACUGCGUAUGUCGUGGUCGACAAGAAGUUACCAUUUCCGGUUGGCAGAUACAACCAGAAUUGGUGGUACAAUUGGGUAUUUGCCGCCUGAGAGCUUCCAGAAACGAAGUACUGCGACAGCAAAAGCUGAUGUGUUCAGCUUUGGGAUUGUUGCAUUGGAGGUGGCUUCUGGUCGGCGAGCCAUCGAUCUCACAUACCCUGAUGAGCAGAUCAUCCUGCUUGACUGGGUAAGACGUUUAUCUGAUGAGGGCAAGUGUUUGCAAGCUGGAGAUAGUAGACUGCAGGAUGGAUCUUACAAGCUUUCAGACAUGGAACGCUUAAUCCAUGUUGGGCUCCUCUGUUCCCUCAGUGACCCACAAUCCAGGCCUAACAUGAAAUGGGUUAUGGAAGCACUUGCCGGAACUUGCAUCGGCGAAUUGCCAGCACUCCCAUCAUUCCAGUUCCAUCCUCUAUACAUAACUUUGUCUUCCUCCAGCACAUCUGAUACAGCCACCACAACAGCUACAUCUAAUUCUUCUGGUUAUGUCACCGCCCCCGGUGAGACUAUGUUCCUUACUGCUCCUCAUCAUGGUGAUAGCAUUGGUCCUUGUGACAGCAGUACCUACUGUGCAACCAGCUUUCCCUCAGCUGAUACCACCCUUCCCCCAGUUGAUACACCCAGGGAAAUAUCCUUCAAGGAAAUCAUCACUGCUACAAACAACUUCUCUGAUGAUCAUAGAGUUGCAGAGCUGGACUUUGGUACUGCUUACCAUGGUUACCUGGAAAGCUGUCAGCAUGUCCUGGUGAAGCGACUUGGGAUGAAAACAUGCCCUGCACUGCGGGCACGGUUCUGUGAUGAGCUUCAAAACCUUGGGAGACUCCGCCACCGCAACCUGGUACAGCUACGUGGGUGGUGUACUGAACAAGGUGAGAUGCUGGUUGUCUAUGACUAUUCGGCAAAUCGCCUGCUUAGUCACCUCCUCUUCCAUCAUCACCACAAGACAGAGAAUCAUGUUUUAAAAUGGCGACAUAGGUACAACAUAAUCAGAUCACUUGCAUCUGCCAUCCUUUACCUCCAUGAGGAAUGGGAAGAACAGGUCAUUCAUAGAAACAUCACUUCUUCUGCCAUUAUUCUUGAUCCUGACAUGAACCCACGUCUAAGUAGCUUUGCCCUUGCUGAAUUCCUGACUCGGAAUGAGCAUGGCCAUCAUGUGGUUGCCAAUCCAAAAAGAUCAGUUCGUGGGAUCUUUGGAUACAUGUCACCAGAGUACAUAGAAUCAGGUGAAGCAACUCCAUUGGCUGAUGUUUAUAGCUUUGGUGUGGUGGUGCUUGAGGCUGUAACUGGCCAGAUGGCAGCCGACUUCCGGUGGCCUGAGGUACUUCUAGUGAAGAAGGUUCGCAAAUUUGAGUCACAGAAGAAACCAUUAGUGGAACUAGUGGAUUGGAGAUUGGAUGGAGAGUAUGAUCACAGGGAACUGGUGAGGUUAGUGAAUUUGGGGGUGGCAUGCACACUUUCAGAUCCAAAUUUGCGGCCAAGCAUGAGGAAAAUCGUGAGCAUACUAGAUGGAAAUGACCAGUGCUUAGAGGAAAGAGUACAGAGGAAAGAAAGAAGGGAAGAAUGGAAGCGCAGGAAUGACUCUUCCUUGUCAUUGAUCAAAAGAAUUCAAGCUCUUGGCAUCCAGUGAAACUCAAACCAACAGUUGAGAUUUUGGUAUAGCUUGAUGGGAAAAUGAUUUACGACAGGACUUUGUUGUAUAAUAUGGCUAUGAUCUUCAAAAAGAAGAGAAAAACAUGCAUAACUGUUUCAGAUUGUUCUUGUAAAUAUAAAUGGUAGAGAUGUCUCCUUGUUUGUUAGUUUACAAUGAUUUUCUAAA